UAUAGAGGGAGAGGAACUGUCAGUUUGGUUUCUUGCUCCUGAUUCCAGCGAUGGCGGCUGCUGAUCUGAGAGACGAGCUGAGCUGCUCCAUCUGCCUGAGCAUUUAUACUGAUCCGGUAUCCCUGCCCUGUGGCCAUAACUUCUGCCGGGGCUGCAUUGGGAGAACAUGGGACAUCCAGGAGGAGACUUUCCUUGAAAAUCCUUCUUGCCCUGAAUGUAGAGAGAGAUUUAAAAGGAGAACUGAACUGGCAACAGACUGGAAGCUGCGGGGCAUGGUGGAGAGGUUCCGUCCGACUGAGACAGAGCCGGGGGAGACUGGGAUCUUCUGCACUUACUGUCUCCUCUCUCCUGUACCUGCUGCUAAAUCCUGUCUCCUGUGUGAGGCUUCUCUGUGUGAUACCCACCUGAGGGGGCACUGCCAGUCAGCAGAACAUGUACUCACUGAGCCCACCGCUUCCUUUAUGGGGAGAAAAUGUUCUGUACAUCACAAGGUUCUGGAGUAUCACUGCUGUGAGGACUCUGCCUGUAUCUGUGCGUCCUGCUGCCUGGCCGGGGAGCACCGGGGCCACAGGGUGGAGCUGCUGAGUGAGGCCUCUGAGAAGAAGAAAGAGAAACUGAGGAAAGUUCUGGAGAAACUGAGCCCAGAGAGAGAGGAGACUGAGAGAGGAGCCCAGAGGCUGCAGGAGCGCAGGAGAGAAGUGGCAGAAGUGGCAGCCGGUGAGACAGAGAGAGUCACUGCCCUGUUUAGGGGCAUCAGGGAAGAGCUGGAAGCCCUAGAGAAGCGACUCCUGAGUGACAUCUCCAGGCAGAAAGAGGAGCUCUCACUCACACUCACUGAGCUGAUCCAACAGCUGGAAAUAAAGAAGGAUGAGCUGUCCAGGAAGAUCCAUCACAUUGAGGAGCUGUGCAACAUGGCAGAUCCACUCACUGUCCUACAGGAACAAUGGGAAUCCCAUGGAGGCAGAGAGAGAGAGGGUAUAAAGGUCCCGGCUGUAGGGAAUCUGGAUGUGGGUCGGAUCUCAGAGACAUUACUCACAGGCUUAGCUGGGAUUGUGACUGGGGUAGAGGGAAGGAUCUAUGGGCAGGAGGCUACAGAGCUGGUACUGGAUAUAAACACGGCUGGGAAUCAUGUAUCUGUAUCAGGGGACGGGAAAUCUGCUUCCUACUCACGUACAGCCCAGCGUCGCCCACAAACCCCAGAGAGAUUUCAGGGGCCUCAGGCUUUAAGCACCAGGAGUUUCCCCUCAGGGCGACAUUACUGGGAAGUGGAGGGCAAUGAAUCAGGGGGCUGGGGGGUAGGGGUGGCCUAUCCCAGUAUAGAGAGGGGAGGGUAUGAAUCCUACAUUGGGGAUAAUAACAAGUCCUGGUGUUUGUACAGAUGGGAUAAUAUCUAUACAGUGAGAAAUGACUGGAAAGACACACAGUUACCCCACGUCCCUUCCUGCAGGAGAAUCAGGAUCUCAUUGGACUAUGAGGCCGGACGCCUGUCCUUUUAUGAGCUGAGUGAGCCAAUCAGGCACUUACACACCUUCACUGCCUCCUUCACUGAGCCCCUUCAUGCUGCAUUCUGGGUAUGGGGGGUUGGUGACUGGGUGAGAAUCAUUAGUUAGGGCCCCGCCCACUGCCCAGCGGGAACCCCAUUCCCAGAGCUGCCCUUAGCCCUGUGAUGCCAGGAAAGGAAGGGGGUGCAGGACUCAGUGACUGGGGUGCCAUUAUAACUACACAAUACAGUGGGUGCAGGGUGCAUAGAUGUGUAUAUGUGUAAUUACUGCAGGGAAGCAGCUCUGACUCACACAGGGGGUUAUUAUGUUGGGGUGAAACCCCCCAAACUGUUCUUUGGCUUCAGCUGAUUCUUCUUAUUCUUAGCGCCCCCCAUUUUCUAAACGCUACUCCUCCUACAGGUUUAGGGGUACAACAC